UCCUCCCCCCUAAUUGAUAUUAUUGGAGUGUGGAGCAAGCGGCCGGUCUGCAGUCGGAGACUUGCAGGCAGCAAACACGGUGCGAACGAACAGGAGGGGGAAAAAAAUAAAAAAGCUAAACGUGGAGCAGCCGGCCGGAGGUCGAGCAGGGGAAUCGAUGCGAAAAGCGUAAUAAAAAAGAACCCACUUCGGAGCAAACAUCAUUUAAAAAGCUACGACUCAACUGAAACCUAAAAUAAAACCUGCUCAUGCACCAUGGUUUUUCAAACUCGGCACCCUUCAUGGAUUAUUUUAUGCUACAUCUGGCUGCUCCAGUUUGCACAUACCGGGGAGGCGCAGGCUGCAAAGGAAGUACUACUGCUGGAUUCUAAAGCACAACAGACGGAGUUGGAAUGGAUUUCCUCUCCACCCAAUGGGUGGGAAGAGAUCAGUGGGUUGGAUGAGAACUACACCCCGAUCCGAACCUACCAGGUGUGCCAGGUCAUGGAGCCCAACCAAAACAACUGGCUGCGGACUAACUGGAUUUCGAAAGGCAAUGCACAAAGGAUUUUUGUAGAAUUGAAAUUUACCCUGAGGGAUUGUAACAGUCUUCCUGGAGUACUGGGAACUUGCAAGGAAACCUUUAAUUUGUACUAUUAUGAAACAGACUACGACACUGGCAGGAAUAUAAGAGAAAACCUCUAUGUAAAAAUAGACACCAUUGCUGCAGAUGAAAGUUUUACCCAAGGUGACCUUGGUGAAAGAAAGAUGAAGCUUAACACUGAGGUGAGAGAGAUUGGACCUUUGUCCAAAAAGGGAUUCUAUCUUGCCUUUCAGGAUGUAGGGGCUUGCAUAGCUUUGGUUUCUGUCAAAGUAUACUACAAGAAGUGCUGGUCCAUUAUUGAGAAUUUAGCUAUCUUUCCAGAUACAGUGACUGGUUCAGAAUUUUCCUCUUUAGUCGAGGUUCGAGGGACAUGUGUCAGCAGUGCAGAGGAAGAGGCGGAAAACUCCCCCAGGAUGCACUGCAGUGCAGAAGGAGAAUGGUUAGUGCCCAUUGGAAAAUGUAUCUGCAAAGCAGGCUACCAGCAAAAAGGGGACACUUGUGAACCCUGUGGCCGUGGGUUCUACAAAUCUUCCUCUCAAGAUCUUCAGUGCUCUCGUUGUCCAACUCACAGUUUUUCUGAUAAAGAAGGCUCCUCAAGAUGUGAAUGUGAGGAUGGGUAUUACAGGGCUCCAUCUGAUCCACCAUAUGUUGCCUGCACAAGGCCCCCAUCUGCACCACAGAACCUCAUUUUCAACAUCAACCAAACCACAGUGAGUUUGGAAUGGAGUCCUCCUGCAGACAACGGGGGAAGAAAUGACGUGACCUACAGAAUAUUGUGUAAGCGGUGCAGUUGGGAGCAGGGCGAAUGUGUUCCCUGUGGGAGUAACAUUGGAUACAUGCCACAGCAGACUGGAUUAGAGGAUAACUAUGUCACUGUCAUGGACCUGCUAGCCCACGCUAAUUAUACUUUUGAAGUAGAAGCUGUAAAUGGAGUUUCUGACUUAAGCCGAUCCCAGAGGCUCUUUGCCGCUGUCAGUAUCACCACUGGUCAAGCAGCUCCCUCGCAAGUGAGCGGAGUGAUGAAGGAGAGGGUGCUUCAGCGGAGUGUCGAGCUUUCCUGGCAGGAACCAGAGCAUCCCAAUGGAGUCAUCACCGAAUAUGAAAUCAAGUAUUACGAGAAAGAUCAAAGGGAACGGACCUAUUCGACAGUAAAAACCAAGUCCACUUCAGCUUCCAUUAAUAACCUGAAGCCAGGAACAGUGUAUGUUUUCCAGAUUCGGGCUUUUACUGCUGCUGGUUAUGGAAAUUACAGUCCCAGACUUGAUGUUGCUACACUAGAGGAAGCUACAGGUAAAAUGUUUGAAGCGACAGCCGUCUCCAGUGAACAGAAUCCUGUUAUUAUAAUUGCCGUGGUGGCUGUGGCAGGGACCAUCAUUUUGGUGUUCAUGGUCUUUGGCUUCAUCAUUGGAAGAAGGCAUUGUGGUUAUAGCAAAGCUGACCAAGAAGGGGAUGAAGAGCUUUACUUUCAUUUUAAAUUUCCAGGCACCAAAACCUACAUUGACCCUGAAACCUAUGAGGACCCAAAUAGAGCUGUCCAUCAAUUCGCCAAGGAGCUAGAUGCCUCCUGUAUUAAAAUUGAGCGUGUGAUUGGUGCAGGAGAAUUUGGAGAAGUCUGCAGUGGUCGUUUGAAACUUCCAGGGAAAAGAGAUGUUGCAGUAGCCAUAAAAACCCUCAAAGUUGGUUACACAGAAAAACAAAGGAGAGACUUUUUAUGUGAAGCAAGCAUCAUGGGGCAGUUUGACCACCCAAAUGUUGUCCAUUUGGAAGGGGUGGUUACAAGAGGGAAACCAGUCAUGAUAGUAAUAGAAUUCAUGGAAAAUGGAGCCCUUGAUGCAUUUCUCAGGAAACACGAUGGGCAAUUUACCGUCAUUCAGUUAGUAGGAAUGCUGAGAGGAAUUGCUGCUGGAAUGAGAUAUUUGGCUGACAUGGGAUACGUUCACAGGGACCUUGCAGCUCGCAAUAUUCUUGUCAACAGCAAUCUUGUUUGUAAAGUGUCAGAUUUUGGCCUGUCCCGGGUUAUAGAGGAUGAUCCAGAAGCUGUCUAUACGACAACUGGUGGAAAAAUUCCAGUAAGGUGGACAGCACCUGAAGCCAUCCAAUACCGGAAAUUUACAUCAGCCAGUGAUGUAUGGAGCUACGGAAUAGUCAUGUGGGAAGUUAUGUCUUAUGGAGAAAGACCUUAUUGGGACAUGUCAAAUCAAGAUGUUAUAAAAGCAAUAGAAGAAGGUUAUCGUUUACCAGCACCCAUGGACUGCCCGGCUGGUCUUCAUCAGUUGAUGCUGGAUUGUUGGCAAAAGGAACGUGCGGAAAGGCCAAAGUUUGAACAGAUAGUUGGAAUUCUAGACAAAAUGAUUCGAAACCCAAAUAGUCUGAAAACGCCCCUGGGAACUUGUAGUAGGCCAAUAAGUCCUCUUUUGGAUCAAAACACUCCUGACUUCACUACCUUCUGUUCAGUUGGAGAAUGGCUACAAGCUAUUAAGAUGGAAAGGUAUAAAGAUAACUUCACAGCAGCUGGCUACAACUCCCUUGAAUCAGUGGCCAGGAUGACUAUUGAAGAUGUGAUGAGUUUAGGGAUCACACUGGUUGGCCAUCAGAAGAAAAUCAUGAGCAGCAUUCAGACUAUGAGAGCACAAAUGCUACAUUUACAUGGAACUGGCAUCCAAGUGUGAUAAGCAUUUCUCCCUCAUGAGGAGAUUAUGGACUGCGAGAGAACAGUACUGGCCUUCGGUAUAUGCAUAAGAAUGCUGCUAGAAGACAGUUGAUGUCCUGGGUCCUUCCUACAGUGAAGAGAAGAUUUAAGAAGCACCUAUAGACUUGAACUCCUAAGUGCCACCAGAAUAUAUAAAAAGGGAAUUUAGGAUCCACCACUGGUGGCCAGGAAAACAGCAGUGACAAUAAACAAAGUACUACCUGAAAACAUCCAAACACCUUGAGCUCUCUAACCUUUUUAUCUUAUAGACUUUUUAAAAUGUACAUAAAGAAUUUAAAAAAGAAUAUAUUUGUCAAAUAAAAUCAUGAUCUUAUUGUUAAAAUCAAUGAAAUAUUUUCCUUAAAUAUGUGAUUUCAGACGAUUCCUUUUUAAAAUCAUUUGUGUUUAUUCUUCAUAAGGACUUUGUUUUAGAAAGUUGUUUAUAGCUUUGGACCUUUUUAGUGUUAAUCUAUGACACAUUACUACACUGGGUACCUUCGAAAGAAUUAAAAAAAAAUAAAUUAAAAAAAAACACAUAGCAUGAUUGAAGAUAUAUCUCUGUCAGAACAUUGGUAUCCUUUUUGUGCCAUUUUAUUUUGUUUAAUCAGUGCUGUUUUGAUAUCGUUUGCUAAUUGGCAAGUAGUCAAGAAAAUGCAAGUUGCCAAGAGCUCUGGUAUUUUUUAAAAAGAAAUUUUUUUGUAAAGAUCAGACAACACACUAUCUUUUCAAUGAAAAAAGCAAUAAUGAUCCAUAAAUACUAUAAGGCACUUUUAACAGAUUGUUUAUAGAGUGAUUUUACUAGACAGAAUUUAAUUAAAAAAACGCAAAUUGUAGGUUUAUGACUAUAAAAAAAUUGAGGCACUUCAUCUAAAGAGUGUUGGUGAAGGGAAGUCUCUAAGAGCAAGAACUAUCCAGUGUUAUCUAAAAUUUAAUCCGAGCACAUCAAGAUUUUUUCCAAUAUUGAGACAUUAGGAAAUUUAGGAGAAGUAGUUGACAUAUAUUUUAUAUCCUAUUCUGUUUAAUGCAGUCCAAAAGCAAAAAGAAAGAAGUUUUACAUUAGAACUCUGAAGCAGGAGAAAAGGGGCAGUUCACAUUUUCACCUUUCAAAAACAAAUCGGCUGCACAGAAUAUCACCACUGCAGUUUUUAAAAAGUCUUAUUUUGUGAAGCUGAUGUAGAAGACUUAUU